AUGUCUGAUUCAUGUUCAGCAUCAUCCAUACGUAAGCAACCCAUACAAGAAGAAGUAGCUUUCCAUAAAGCAAAACUAGUAUCAAAUGACGAUGUUAAAGACUUAUCUCUAACAGAAAAUUUAGCUGACGCUUACGAAAGUGUGACAUCUAAGAUCCACAAGAUUGGUGCAGCUGCCACUCGUGAUCCUAUUAUACGUAGAGAUAUUGCUACCACGUUUAAAGAAAUUAAUAUUGUCUUGUGUGGUUCACCGCGAGUUGGAAAGAGUACGCUGAUCAACGCCAUAUGUCAACAGACAUUGGCUAAAACAAGUCCUGGACUUGAUGCCUGUACGCAUGGGAUCACGCGUUACUACCUUACAGGUAACAUCAAAACUGACUCUGGAACAAUAAAUUAUGAAUAUAAUUUUUGGGACACACCCGGACUUGAAAGUUGGAGUCAAGAGGACAUUCGCAGACAUUUAGAAAAUAUUUUAAAGAAGCCUAAAUCUGAUAUACUAUGCAUGAUCUACUGUGCAUCACCAGGUUCUUUCGCAAAUCUUGAAAAAUUAAAUUGGCUACUAAAAGAGUGUAUGAAUAGACAAAUAUUUUGUGCUCUUGUAUGUACGAACAAAUAUGGUGGACAAGCAGCACAACGAAAUGCUGUUAUGGAAGAUUUUCAACGAUUACUGGAGCAUUAUCACGUCAAAACUCGAGAGGAAAAUGGUGUUAUCUACUUUGGAAAUAUGGGACUAUGCACAGCGGUAAAUAGCCAAAAAUUUGUCGAUGAUUAUACAGGCAGAACUUUCGAGGAAUCCGGUAUUGAUGAACUUAUUUUGGGUAUUAUGGAAUCACUCGACGAAGAAAAAGUGGCUCAGUGGUGCAUGGUAGCGUUUGAAAACAAAUCAUUUUGGAAAAAUGUGUUUAAAUUUCCGGCACAAUUGAAAGCGUUUUGGAACAGACUGAUCGGCAGGGCAUGA